AUGGAGGAGGAGGGUCUGAUUCAUCUACCUUUUGAUUUGGUACUGUAUGAGAUUUUUUCAAGGGUUCCAAUAGAAUCUCAGACGCGUUUGAGAACAACUUGCAGAGCGUUUUACAACCAAACGUUUGAUACGGAUUACAUCUACAAACACCUCGAUUUGUGUCGACAGCGUUUUCUCCGACUUGAUCACAUGGUGCACGUCAUCGAUCCCGUGUCCAACGCCGUCAAUUCUACUGCCAUGCUUCGCUGCCUCAAUCAUGGAAACACCAUCUCUAGCGUAAUACAUUGUGAUGGUUUGUUGUUGUGUCGAAACCAACGAACUAGCAUGCUUACUUUGUGGAACCCUUAUCAAAAGCAAGUUCGCCAGAUACAACCACCAAUGGGAUUUUUCUCUGCAUUCGACCGUUACGGUUUGGGGUACCGUACGGAUGCACGUAGCAACUAUAAGGUGUUGCGUAUCUUUGACGCGGAAUUAAACGCACAAGACGGGAAAGACGAAGAUCAAGUCGAGAUUUUUGAUACUGAAACUCGUUUGUGGAGAAGAGUACUAGAUGCCACGCCGCUGGAUUGCAAGAUUGAGGGAUUAAGCCCAGGCUUAUCCGUUAAAGGCAACAUGUAUUGGAUUGCAACGCCUAAAGCUUCACUCAGAUCUGGGAUCGUCGGAAGCUUCAUCCAGUGCUUUGAUUUCUCAAAGGAGACUUUCAUCCCCAUAUGUGCACUUCCAGUUGGACUUGACUAUGAUCCUAACCAUACAAACUCCUUGUCCGUCUAUAAAGGUUGCAGUUUGUCUCUCUUGCAUCAACGCCUGACUACAACGGAUAUGGAAGUCUGGGUUACAAACCCGUUGGCCGAUGAAGUUGUCGCUUGGACCCACCAAUUUAGCGUGGACAACCCAAAUCUUCCACCAUUACGUGCUCAGUACGAAAUCUCGUACCCAGUUCACUUCAUCAACGGAAGAGACCUCCUUGUGGUGUUAUGCAGGGAAGACGAUGGAGACAACACAGAUGAAGAUAACGACGCUGACGAGGGAACUACACAUAUACGGAUGUAUACAAUCGGGAAGGAUGGGAUACAACAUCGAACGGACAUGGGACAAGGAGUUUUCUUCGAGCAUGUAAUGUGUGGUUACAUUUACACUCCCAGUAGGGUUACGGUUCAUAAUUGA